GAUUCAAACAUCAUACGACAAAUAACAGUAGACAUUGCCAGACCUUUCCGCCUAUCCAACCUGAAUUCUGAACCCGAGACUGCACACUGCGCUGCCUCAGUCCGCGAGGAUGCCUUAGAAAGUCAUAUUCAUGUCUCACAGAGCAGCCUAGCGGUCGCCGGGAGGUGCAGCUGCGGAGCGGAGGCGACGGUGGCGGGGUGUCCCCGGCGGGAGAAGCGGCUGCGCGGAGCGGGGCCCCCCUGCGCGCUGCCCCACGGUCCUGGCAAAGCUCUAGGGCACCACCUGCUCAGAGAUCAUCCUCAUCUCAAUCUGUGGGACUUGUCCCGGCUCUUGCGAACUAGCUAAGGAACAGGCAGGGGGUUAGGCAGGAGCAGUAGCCACCAGCCGGAGCACCAUGGCGGCGGCAAAGGAGAAGCAGCUCGAGGAGCAGCUGCUGCAGCUGCUGCGGCAGCACCCACAGGGCAUGACGGACGACGCGCUGGAGUCGGCGCUGCCGGCAGUGCCGCUGCAGGAGCGCGUGCACGCGGUCAACAGCCUGCUGGCGGCGUCGCGGCUGCAGCUGUUGAAAACAAGCAAUGGAAAGCUGGUGUACAAAGAGGUCGCGGUGGAGGAGGCUGCCAAGUUCAAGGGGUUGUCCCCCGAGGAGCUGCUCAUCUACCAGUGCAUCAAGACGGCCGGCAACACGGGCGUGUGGACCAAGGACAUGCGCAUACGCACCAACCUGGCGCAGCCGCAGAUCACCAAGAUACUCAAGGUUCUGGAGGGCCGCAAGCUGGUCAAGGCCGUGAAGAACGUCAACAGCCCCAGCCGCAAGGUGUACAUGCUGGCGGAGCUGGAGCCCAGUAGGGAGCUCACGGGGGGAGCCUGGUACACUGAGAACCAGUUUGACAGUGAGUUCAUAAACGUGCUGCGCGAGGCCUGCUUCUCCUACAUCAGCCGCCAGGGCGACGUCAGCCUGUCCGCCGUCGCCGCGUUCAUACGGGCCAAGGGCUUCAGCAAGGUGGAGCUGCGCACCGAGGACAUCCAGACCAUUGUGAUGACGCUGGUGUACGACGGCCGCGUGGACGAGGUGGAGCCGGAGGGGGAGGACGACAACGACGACCACUACAGGCCAGCUGUGUUGCCUGUGCCGGACUCUACGCCGCUGACGGACGUGCCGUGCGGCGUGUGCCCCGUGGCGGGCCAGUGCCACGACGGCGGUGUCAUCUCGCCAAAGACGUGCGUCUACUACGACAAGUGGCUGGAGUUCUGAGGAUGGGGAGAUAGUUUCGCGCCGAGGAAGGAGUUGAAAGAAGGCAGCCCACUAGCGCGCGCUGUAUCAGGGGUUGGGAGGAGGAGGUUUGCUCAGGACGGCUGAGUGUGCGGGAUGGCAAUUGGCGUCAAGUACCUUCAGAUUUCCCGGAAACUCGGAAUGCAGAGUUUGAAGCGGUACAUGGGGUCGGUGGAUGAUAAUGACGAAGAAGGAAAAGACGCAUUACUAGCGUAUGUAGACCUCAGCUCCUAUGAAAGACAUUUUGGGACUGACCAUGAGCCGCGUGAAGCGGAAGCGCAGCGAGGAUUCGCUCGUGCAGGACAAGCCGGCUGACCUGCUUAUUGUUACUGAGGAUACUGAU